AUGUCAUCCACAGACCGUGAGAUGGAGACUCCUGCUGCAGCUCCGUCCUAUGAUAACGAGGAGGUCACCCAGCAUGUCGUCCUGAACGAAAAGGCUAUGGACGCCGAUUUGGACAAGGAGAACCAGAUCACUCCGGAUGGCGGCGAGCCCACCCUCUCGGAGAAGGUUUCCCUGCGCCAUGUCGCAGAGAACCUGCCCCUCUCCGCCUGGCUGGUGGCCGUCGUCGAGCUGUGCGAGCGUUUCACAUACUACGGCAUGUCCGGUCUGUUCCAGAACUACGUCCAGCGACCUCGGGAUGGUAGCCAGGGACGUGGUGCGCUCGGUAUGGAUCACCAGGGUGCCACCGGUCUCACUACCUUCUUCCAGUUCUGGUGUUAUGUUACCCCCAUCAUCGGUGCCAUCAUCGCCGAUCAGUAUCUCGGCAAGUACAAGACCAUUGUGCUGUUCUGUAUCGUCUACAUGGUCGGUCUGCUCAUCCUGGUCUGUACCUCCAUUCCCACUGCCCUGGAACACGGCUCGGGUAUCGGCGGUUUCAUUGUCGCCAUCUUGAUCAUCGGUCUGGGUACCGGUGGUAUCAAGAGUAACGUGGCUCCUUUGAUUGCGGAUCAGUACAAGCGCAAGAAGAUGGCUAUUACCACGACCAAGAAGGGCGAGCGCGUCGUCAUCGACCCCGCCCUGACCAUUCAGCGUAUCUACAUGAUCUUCUAUGGAUGCAUCAACGUCGGUUCGCUGUCCCUUCUCGCCACUCCCUACAUGGAGCUGUACAUCGACUUCUGGCCCGCCUACCUUCUCUGUCUCUGUAUGUUCAUGGUCGGUACCCUGGUGAUUGUUCUCGGCCGCAAGUUCUACGUCGUUCGCCCACCCCAGGGUUCCGUCAUCACGGACGCUUUCCGCGCGCUCUGGAUCAUGACGAAGAACCGCAACAUGGACGCCCCCAAGCCCUCAUGGCAGAACGAGCACAAUGGCGUGUCGGCUGUCAACUGGGACGACCACUUCAUCGACGAGCUGAAGCGUGCCCUGGUCGCCUGCCGCGUGUUCGCCUUCUACCCGAUCUACUGGGUUGUCUACGGACAAUUCUCGGGCAACUUCGUCACCCAAGCCGGCCAAAUGCAAGGCCACGGCAUCCCUAACGAUCUGAUGCAGAACUUUGACCCCAUCUCAGUCAUCGUUUUCAUCCCCCUUCUCGAGACCUGCGUUUACCCCCUGAUGCGCCGCAUGAAGAUCCCCUUCCCCCCGAUCACCCGUAUCUCCCUUGGCUUCAUCGUCGCCUCGCUUGCCAUGAUGUACGCCGCUAUCGUGCAGCACCUGAUCUACUCCGCCGGACCCUGCUAUGGUAAUCCUCUGUGCGCGGCCUCUGAGGUCGACGGCGCUGCUCAAGGCAACAGGGUUCACAUUGCCAUCCAAACCCCAGCCUACGUGUUCAUCGGUGUGUCUGAGAUUUUCGCCUCUGUCUCUGGUCUCGAGUACGCAUACACCAAGGCCCCGCCCAGUAUGAAGUCCUUCGUUCAGUCGAUGUACCUCCUCACGAACGCGUUCGGAUCCGCUAUCGCCGAAGCGCUCACCCCCGCCGCCUUCGAUCCCGCCAUCAUGUGGAUGUUCACCGGUCUUGCCUGUGCAUCCUUCGCGUGUGGUAUCAUCUUCUUUACCAUCUUCCACCACCUCAACGCGAAGGAAGAUGAUAUGAACGCCCUCGAUGCCGAGGACGAGAUGCCCGAGCGUCCGAUUGACGUGGAACGGCGCCAGUCCAAGGCGGAGUAA